CCACACUCUUCUUCUUCCUCUGAUCCUCUCGGCCUCCACACCCCCGCACACUCCCCGUGACCCCGACCCGUCCGGAUAGACAGGAGCGGAGAGCCCGAGGUACAAUGGCGGCCUCCAACGCUGCAUCCGUCUCCUCGGCCGCGCCCCGCCUGCUCCUGCUCCGCCGCCGCGGAGGAGCCAGCGGCAGCGCGCAGCACCGCAAUGCGCGCUUCCGCGCCGCCGCCGGCGGCGGGUCGUACCUGGACAUGUGGAAGAAGGCGGUGGAACGGGAGCGGCGGUCGGCGGAUCUCGCGCGCAGGCUCCAGGCGCCCCCCGCCGAGGCAGACGCGCCCGCGCCCGCACCGCCCGUGGAGGACGUGCGGCGCCGGACGGCGCGGUUCGAGGAGAUGCUGCGGGUUCCGCGGGAGGAGCGCGACCGCGUGCAGCGCAACCAGGUCAUCGACCGCGCCGCGGCCGCCCUCGCCGCCGCCCGCGCCGUGCUCAAGGAGCCGCCUGCCUUCUCGCCGCCCCCGACGCCGCCGCAGGUGGCGGAGACGGGCAAGGUGGGAUCGGCCGGGGGCGGUGCUGCUAGGGGAUCAGAUCGGAAUUCCCGGUCGGCGGCACGGGCACAGCUGUCGCCCUCGGCGGAAGUGCAAGACUCCGGUGGCUCAUCUCCUCACAACCAGUCAAGUUCCAAGCUUGGUACUCCAGGUCCAGAUUUCUGGUCAUGGUUACCUCCAGUACAAGAUAGCAGUAAACAAAAGGAAAGCAAUACUGGUUUGAAGCCAUCCAAAAAAUUAGAUACCUUUUCCAGUCAGCCUGAUCUGUUGAUGGAAAAGGAACGCUUGGCGGAUUCUUUACCACUCCCUUUCGAGACAGCUUUCUUCAAGAAGGAAGAUCGAUCUCUUCCUCCCUUCCAAUCAUUUGCUGAGCCUGAGAAUGUGGAUUCCUCGGCCGAUCUGGCCGCUGACAAAGAGGACACGUUCGAAGAACAGUUCUCGAAAAAUGCAGCCGAGGUGGCUCGCGCGCUCAGUGAGAGCGUCGGGAAACCAUCACACGGAAUACAUCUAGAUGGCUCAAUGUGGUGGAAGGAAGUAGGUGUAGAACGAAGACCUGAUGGUGUUGUUUGCAAGUGGACCGUGAUCAGGGGAGUUAGUGCUGAUGGCGCUGUUGAAUGGGAAGACAAAUACUGGGAGGCCUCAGACCGGUUCGAUCAUAAAGAGUUAGGCUCGGAGAAGUCUGGGCGUGAUGCUGCGGGCAACGUUUGGCGGGAAUACUGGAAGGAGUCAAUGUGGCAGGAUUACACAUGUGGGGUUAUGCAUAUGGAGAAGAAUGCAGACAAGUGGGGACAGAACGGUAAAGGGGAGCAGUGGCAAGAGCAAUGGUUUGAGCACUAUGACUCGACCGGCAAAACCGAAAAAUGGGCUGAUAAAUGGUGCAGCUUGGAUCCAAACACACCGCUGGAUGUCGGCCAUGCCCAUGUCUGGCAUGAAAGAUGGGGCGAGAAGUACGACGGCCUUGGUGGCAGCGAAAAGUACACCGACAAGUGGGCCGAGCGUUCGGAGGGCGACGGGUGGUCUAAAUGGGGCGACAAGUGGGACGAGCACUUCGACCUGAAUGGGCAUGGCGUCAAGCAGGGGGAGACAUGGUGGGCGGGCAAGCAUGGGGACCGGUGGAACCGCACCUGGGGUGAGCGGCACAACGGGUCUGGGUGGGUGCACAAGUACGGGCGCAGCAGCAGUGGCGAGCACUGGGACACGCACGCCCCGCAGGACACGUGGUACGAGCGGUUCCCACACUUUGGGUUCUACCACUGCUUUGAGAACUCGCCGCAACUCCGGUCCGUGAAGAGGCAGCCGCCGCCACCACGAAAAUGAAGCCUGAAGAGAUCAUGCUGGCAUCAGCAGCAUGUGCUGUUGUGAACUGAAUGUUCAGACUGAUAUGAAUAGAAAGGCCUGUAGAAGUUUUGCCGUAUAUUCUGAAACACCUUUUUUCUUUUAGCCUAGAAAGAUUAUGCUGGUAAGCUUUUGCCCAAAGUCUAAUGCACGCAGUUACUGCGACUUCUUCUGUGAUGUUUUUUUUUUGGUGUCAGUUACCUCCUGAUUUCCCAAACACUCAGACUAGCACUGCUGGGAUUGGGAAUGUAUCUGGCCAGUCAUGAGACUGAGAUUUCCCAAAGUUUGUAUGCCACAGUGCUAUUCUAUGGUCUA